AUGCAGUCCAUCAGAGACAUGAAGUCCAACUUUAGUACUCCGUCGUCCUCUAUUCCCGGUGGUCCCGAUGCUUAUCGCCAAGGCAACAUCAGGAUGACUCUGGAGAACCCAGAACUCUGGAAGUCCUUCCAUGAAAUAGGAACAGAGAUGAUUAUCACUAAACCAGGCAGGAGAAUGUUUCCACACUGUAAAAUCAACCUUUCUGGACUAAUUCCAUGUUCCAAGUACAUCUUGUUGGUUGACAUGAUACCUGUGGAUGGUUUCAGGUAUAAGUGGAAUAAAGAGAAAUGGGAAGUGACUGGGAAGGCGGAGCCGCAGCCUCCUUGUCGGACGUACCUGCACCCAGACUCUCCGGCCCCUGGGAGCCACUGGAUGAAACAGUCGGUGUCCUUCCUCAAGCUCAAGCUCACCAACAACACUCUGGACCAACAUGGCCAUAUCAUUUUGCAUUCCAUGCACUGCUAUCAGCCGCGCUUCCACAUUGUCCAGGCAGAAGACAUGUACAGUGUACGCUGGAGUGUCUUCCAGACCUUCACCUUCUCUGAGACCUCCUUCACCUCAGUCACCGCUUACCAGAACACUAAGAUAACAAAGCUGAAGAUUGACCACAACCCAUUUGCGAAAGGCUUCCGAGACGAAGGAACUAAUACAAAAAAGCGUGCUAACAGAAUCCCAGCCUCAACAGAGAAAAAAGCAAAGGAAAUGGAUUAUCUAAGCAAAGACUCAUAUGAGGACAGCCCUUCAAGCUUACACAUGUCAUCAUAUGAGGGAUACGAAGGAGAGCGGGCAGAACUCACUGAGAGAAAAGAGGAGGAAGUGGUGGAAGAGGAGCACUACUCCCCCUGGGGGCCUGAGAGGGAGCAUGGACUCCACGACCAGACAGACACACCCCCUGGACCCGACGUCAGGGACAUGUACAAUGCAGAGCAGCUAGUACCAGCCCCAGCUUCAUACCAGCCUUACAGGUUCCAUAAAUACGGGAGGUCUCCAUCUCCCUCAUCCAACCUGAGCAGCAGCAAUGGCGGUUCUGGACGGGCCAGCUUUGAGUCCAGAGUCCCUGAUGUAGCCACAGUCCCAGAGCAUGAGGCCUCCAAGCCCUCUGUUCAUGAGAUUAGACCAUCUCCCUGUGGCCCGCAGCCCCUUGCAAGACAUCAUCCGGACUACACAGGGGUGCUCAACAUGGCCCAAGCAGGCAAGCCAGGGGUCCUCAGCCACCACAUCUACAGCCCUUACGGCACAGAGCAGACCCUGGGCCAGUGGAGCAGCCCCAGCCAUGCCCAGUACCCUCCCCCUCACCACCUGCCCACUGACUACAGUACCCCGGCUGUGCACCACGGAUAUCACCAUGGCAACGUGGCUGAGUGGAGCCAGUACCCACUCUUCUCCUACUCAUGCUGGUGAACCAUUUCCUCACAGUUUCUCCCAAAAGAGAAGGACUGCGGUCUCACAGGUGACUCAGUGAGACCUCAUAAAUGCUACUAUGCUGUCAUACCUGUGUUUCCCCUAGAGGCCUGUCCCAAGUCCAGCAUCACACCCUGAUGGCUGCUGGUCCAGAGCUCAUGGCCAUGCCACUGCAUGCUGAGGCUGAGGGAGAAGGACCGGGGUCCGAAGAAACAUCAGCAAGCAGAAAUGAUAAUGGAGUGGAACAGAGACAAUAUGCUUUAGAAUGACUACCAGAGUUGUGCUGUUGACUCGUCUGAUAUCACAGCUGGCUUUAGGCCUGAAAAAUUAAUAUGUUCCUACCCAAUUAUAUGUUUAUUGUUGAAUUGUCUA